AUGGCAGCAGUCAUGGCGCCCGGCAAGACGUCGCCACGACUGCUCCAGGACCUCCUCACAUACGACGCCCGCUAUGAGGAUCGCGCAGGCCGCAAUCUCCUGACCACUGCCCCUCCACAACACGAUCCCCGCCAGCCACCUAUCGCUGCCGUGCCUUAUAGGAACUGCAGGCAUGUCCUCCUCACCAAGAUCGAGCAGUCGCAGCUGCCCCGUGCUGGCCAACCGCUCGACGAGACCACGGUGCACAAGGUCGCCUCCUUCUGCAACAAAUGUCGCUGGCACUUCGACGUCGUGGUAGACUUCCGCAAAGAGAGCGGCCACGUCCACCGGGCAUGCAAGCGGGGAAAUGAGGAUUAUGCUCUACACCACUUCCUGUACGAAGGCGAGGACGACUCGAAUGGACUCGAUGCCAUGGGAGGUCGACAGCGACCCCGCACCUACCGUUUCCGCUGCUCGGCGCCGCCAUGUCGUGUACCCCUCAGCGUCACCAUCAAGCCACCGAGAUUCUCAGACCACGAUAUCGAGACGUUGACCAACCAAGCCCAGCUAAGACAGAGAUGGGAGAGAGCCAAAGAGUUGGCUGGCGACCGCGCAGAUGCCGUCAUGGCUCGUCCCGUCGACGCACCCGACUACCUGAACACGUACCUCCACGACUGCCUGAACCCAGCCAAGGGCAAGGCGCGCAUUCCUCUCUUAAACCGCAAGUUUCUCAAAACCUUUGGCAAGGACUGUGACUCGAUACUCACCCGCCUGGGGUUCACAAACAGUCUCGAGGAGGAAGAAGAUGAGUCCAUGGCUGAAGUCUGGUACCUCCCUCGGCCAGAUGAGGCCGCUGAUCCCUUGACAAGCACCCUACGCAACACUGUCGAGGACGCUCGCUACGAGCUGAACACCCUCUUGCUCGAGUACCCGGAGGCUGAGCGGACAAGGUGCAGGCAUCAGCCCAUGUAUCCUCCAGAAUCUCGCGGAGACAUGCAGAAAGUGCUCGCGUGUGAUGACUACGCCAAACUGGCCGGACGCAUAGAGACUCGUAGUGCGAAUCACGAGGAAGAUCAUCCCUACUACGCAAGCCUUGGUGCGGUUGGUGAUUUUGCCGAUUCCCUGGUCUUGUUUGCCUUCUCUCGCCAAGUAGAGACAGAUCUCGCCAAUCAGUCUUACUAUUUCGAGUGCUUGCAAGAUUUAGCUGUUGGUCGGAAUAGCGAAAUGUUGCAGACGCAAGUGAGCCUCAUGGCUUCCAAGGGGGUCACGAGUAAGCGCGACUUGGACGCCGCAUACAAGUCGUUCGGUAUCGACCCAGCCCACGCGAGCGUCAUCGGCGAUGAUCACAUCAUUGGAAGCUUCAGGGCUCGUCUAUCUGACAUCAGCCCUGUACAAGCCGAGGAAGCCCGCAGACAGCUACGCAUUUUAGGAAAUGCCCGCGAUAGCGAUAGGAUAAGAGCUGAAGCGGCAGAUGCAAUUGAGACGUUCGAGCAAGCUAUGGCGUGGUUUGAGCUAGAAAAGAAUCAGCCCGACGAUUUCGUUACGACGAUGUUCACGUUGAAGACCCAAGACAACCCCUCUUGUAUUGAUAAUGCACGCAAGGCACUCUCUAUAAUAGCCGAAGAACGACAAAGCGAACGUCUGCGCCAAUUCAUGAAGUCAGGCACCAUGACAGAGCCUGAUAUGGAUGUGGGCGAAGCAUACGCCCUGUUCAGUGUCGACAACAGAACACUUCCUCUUGAUCUGGAUGUCCUGCAGACCACAGUCGAUAUCGCGCCUCCCGCUGACGUGGAGAAACUUCAAAAAGCCUUUGCCAUCAUUCAACAAGAUCAAGCGCAAAACUUCGACAACCGCAUCGGUAAAUCGGCGCAGCAAGCAGAAGCAAGGCGCAAUGAAUACCCAUUGGAAACAUGGCCAGUAGGCCUCCGUAAUAUUGGCAACACCUGUUAUCUCAACAGCGUCCUUCAGUUUCUCUUCACCAUCAAACCUUUGCGUCAGGUGAUCCUGAAUUGCGACGAGUACUUUGAGGUGCCCGUGCCUGAAGUCAUAUCGAAGAAGAAGGUUGGCCGUGCCACUGUGACGGUCCAGAGGGUCUUGACAGCGCAAAAGUUUGUCCGUGAGCUUCGAAUGUUCUUUGAGCAGAUGAUUACCGCACCUACCGACACAGUACAACCUGCAAUAGACCUAGCUUCAUUGGCGCUCUGCAGAACUGAUAAUCCAGACACAGCGGCGGAGGUGCUCAAAUCUAGCAAACCCAUCGAGACAAGCCUUGGAUCUGUUGACGGAAUCGCCAUCAGUGGUCCAAUGCCUCAAGCGGAUAGUGGAAAGGAUGCGUCAAUCUUGGCCGACUCAGUCAUGGGUGAAGAACAAAUUGAGCCUGUUCCUGGGGAUAGAGAAGAUGCUAAGAGUGACACAUCAAUGCAAGCAAUGGACUUAGGCACCGAAAGCGAUCAGACUGUACCUGCACCACCAGAGCGGCCUCCUCCUAUUCCACCAAGGCCGGAUGUUCAGAAUCGCAUCAAAAUCGGGAGACUGGAGGAAAGUGCUCGACAGCAAGAUGCAGCAGAAGUCAUGGGUAAUAUUUUCGAUCUCGUCUCUUGCGCGAUCAAAGGCGAAGAUGUGAUGCGUGAAGGCGAGCAGUUCGACACUAUCAAGAAGCUCUUCUACAGUGACGUCACGACAGUGCAGAAGACAAAGAGAGGGGUAGAGAAGUUGAGUGAGCUCAGAAAUCACUAUCUUGUCUCACCAGGUGGCCGUGAUCGCCCAAUGUAUGCGACCCUUGACAACGAUUUUGGGUUGGGCGAAAUGGAAGGCGGUGGUACGCGCUAUGAUUAUAUUGAGCAAGCCGCCCCUUUCCAAAUCAUUAACGUCCGUCGUUUACAGUUUGAAGGCGGUAGCCCACAGUACAAUCGCUCACACAUUGGACUCGACAGUACUUUGUACAUGGAUCGAUACUUAGCCAAGACCAAGUCAUUAGAUGAGUUGCAAUUGUUGAGACUUCGAGAAGUUCAAUGGACAAAGCAGCAAGAAUUGCGCGAAAUCGAACAUGAGAGGCAGAGACUUCAAGCGACAGAAAUCGAGGGGUUGGAUCUCGCUGCCACUCUCGAGGAGACCAGUGUCUUUCUAGACAACUUUAUGGUCAACAAGUCAGACAGAACAGAGGUCGCAGAUGAGCAACAAGAGCCCCUACUCAAUCCAUCAAUGGAGCUCGUCGAUGCUCUUCACAAUAAAGCUCAGCAUCUCCAGAAGGAUCUAGAGUCUAUGGAAGAGCAUAUAAAUCAGCUUGAAUCAGAUAUUGACGGCGUGUUCAAGGAGUGUCACGAUCAUCCAUACCGUCUUCACGCCGUGUUCACACAUAGUGGUGACAUCAAGGGUGGUCACUAUUGGAUCUACAUAUACGACUUCCAGUCCGGCAUGUGGAGGUCCUACAAUGACGACCGCGUCACCAUUGCCGAUGAGGCACAGAUCUUCCAACGCGAAGACGGUUCCAUACGGCCUCAUGUCAGCACGGGUGUUGUGUAUGUACGAGCUGAUCUCGCAGAAGAAUAUACUCAAGCUGUGUGCCGUCAACCUUUGACAUCCGAAAACCAGAGGUCUGGGGAGACGGCUACCGACACGCCAGAUGUGGUUAUGGGCGAUGCCACAGAUGUCGUGCCAGUCUCUUCGCUGAAUCAGAUCAGGUAUCACGAUCUGGGCGUACUAGAAGGAGUGGAAAAGCACCUUCGGAGCGAUUCGGAUGUCAAGACUGAGACUUCGGAGGGCUAG